AUGAGUUUUUCAAUUGAUGAAGUAAACUUUCUUGUGUACCGAUACUUACAAGAAUCUGGCUUUCAUCAUUCUGCAUAUACCUUUGGUAUUGAGUCUCAUAUAUCUCAAAGUAAUAUUAAUGGAGCACUUGUGCCACCAGCAGCAUUACUUAACAUAUUACAGAAAGGCCUACAAUACACAGAAGCCGAAAUAACUAUUGGUGAAGAUGGUUCAGAAACUCGACUUACAGAAAGUCUUAGCUUAAUUGAUGCAGUUACUCCAGAUAUAGUAGCUGCAAGACAAAAUGCUCAUAAUGCACAAAAACAAGCAAAUAAAGAACCAGGCUCUGGAGGAGAACAGAACGGUGUUGAUUCUGUUAACCCGCAGGGAACUACAUGCAAUACAGCUUCAUCAACUGGAGGUUCUGCUACUCCUAGUGCCCCAGAAAAUAUGGAUGUAGACCAAUCAAUUGAAAUCCCUGCCAGCAAAGCAACUGUUCUCAGAGGACAUGAAUCUGAAGUAUUUAUAUGUGCCUGGAAUCCCAGCACAGACCUUUUAGCCAGUGGCUCUGGAGACAGUACAGCUAGAAUAUGGGAUAUGUCUGAUAAUCCUGCCACAACACCAAAUCAACUUGUACUAAGACAUUGCAUUCAAAAAGGUGGAGCCGAAGUACCGAGUAAUAAGGAUGUCACAUCAUUAGACUGGAAUUGUGAUGGUAAUCUGUUAGCAACCGGAUCAUACGAUGGUUAUGCUCGUAUCUGGACAACAGAUGGUACUUUGGCCUCUACAUUAGGUCAGCAUAAGGGACCAAUAUUUGCUCUAAAAUGGAAUAAAAGAGGAAACUAUAUCUUAAGUGCAGGGGUGGACAAGACCACAAUUAUAUGGGAUGCAGCAUCUGGGCAAUGUACUCAGCAAUUUUCUUUUCAUGCUGCACCAGCACUUGAUGUUGAUUGGCAAACAAACAAUUCAUUUGCAUCUUGCUCAACUGACCAAUGCAUUCAUGUUUGCAAACUACAUGUUGAUAAACCAAUAAAAAGCUUUCAAGGCCACACAAAUGAAGUCAAUGCUAUUAAAUGGGAUCCCCAAGGACAGUUACUUGCUUCCUGUUCUGAUGAUAUGACACUGAAAAUAUGGUCAAUGAAACAAGAUACUUGUGUUCAUGACUUAAAAGCACAUUCAAAGGAAAUAUACACUAUAAAAUGGUCUCCAACAGGACCAGGCACUCAAAAUCCUAAUAUGAAUUUAAUUCUGGCAAGUGCAUCUUUUGAUUCAACAGUAAGAUUAUGGGAUGUAGAAAGAGGAGUUUGUAUACACACACUAACAAAACACACAGAACCUGUUUAUAGUGUUGCAUUUUCACCUGAUGGUAAAUUUUUAGCAAGUGGCUCAUUUGACAAAUGUGUGCAUAUAUGGUCAACUCAAACAGGAGGCCUUGUUCACUCGUACAAGGGUACAGGAGGCAUUUUUGAAGUGUGUUGGAAUUCUCGUGGCACUAAAGUAGGAGCAAGUGCCAGUGAUGGAAGUGUGUUUGUUCUAGAUUUACGCAAACUG